AUGACGGAACAGGACUCUGUGAAUGUGUCAGAAAACGCUCCAAAUCCGGAAGCAGUAAAAGUUAAUGAAGGCGAAAAUUCGCUUGAAGUACCGGCUACUAACCUUCAGCGGCCUGUGUCGGUGCAGGGCGUGAUGGAGCACGCUUUGCAGCACCGCGAGCGAGUAGGCGUCCAGGACUUUGUGCUCCUGGAGGAUUACAGGUCCGAGGCGGCCUUCAUCGACAACCUGCGCAAGAGGUUCAGCGAGAACAUCAUCUACACGUACAUCGGCAACGUGCUCAUCUCCGUCAACCCUUACAAGAAUCUGCCCAUCUACACGGAGGAGAAGGCCAGGCUUUACUACAAGAAGGCCUUCUUCGAAGCACCGCCCCAUGUUUUUGCAAUUGCUGACAACGCUUACCGCUCUCUAGUGUAUGAGCAUCGAGAACAAUGCAUCCUGAUAUCAGGCGAGUCCGGUUCGGGAAAAACCGAGGCCUCCAAGAAAGUCCUAGAGUACAUCGCGGCCAGGACGAACCACCUACGCAACGUGGAGACGGUCAAAGACAAACUGCUGCAGAGCAAUCCGCUCUUGGAGGCGUUCGGGAACGCGAAGACCCACCGCAACGACAACUCCAGCCGCUUCGGGAAGUACAUGGACAUCCAGUUCAACUACGAAGGCGCCCCCGAAGGCGGUCACAUACUGAACUACCUGCUGGAGAAGUCCAGGGUGGUCAGCCAGAUGGCGGGCGAGAGGAACUUCCACAUCUUCUACCAGCUGCUCGCCGGCGCCGAUCAGGAGCUGCUUAAGCACUUGAAGCUGCAAGGCCGUCCCGAGGCUUACAAAUACACGACUGAUAUGCACACGAGCAUAAGCCAGAAGACGAGCGACGCGGACCAGUUCCGAGUCGUGCGGGAGGCGAUGCAGGUGAUAGAGAUUGGUGAUAGCGAGCAGGGGGAGAUGUUCGAGAUCGUAGCCAGCGUGCUGCACCUGGGCAACGUCAAGUUCGUGAGGAACGACAAGGGAUACGCCGAGAUUCUGAGCCACGACGCUAACAGCGGCCACGUGGAAGACCUGCUGAAGGUGGAUCCCUUGAGGCUGCGCGAGGUGCUGACCAGCCGCACCAUAGACGCGCGCGGCGACGUGGUGAACACGCCACUGGACCUGGAACAGGCGCAGUACGCGCGCGACGCCCUCUCCAAGGCGGUGUACGACAAGCACUUCAGCUGGCUGGUCUCCAGGCUCAACUCCUCGCUGGCGCCAAAGGAGAGGGACGCCCGCGCGUCGGUCAUCGGCAUCCUCGACAUCUACGGCUUCGAGAUAUUCCCAAAGAACAGCUUCGAGCAGUUCUGCAUCAAUUUCUGCAACGAGAAGCUGCAGCAGCUGUUCAUCCAGCUGACGCUGCGUCAGGAGCAGGAGGAGUACCUCCGCGAGGGCAUCGAGUGGGAGCCCGUGGACUACUUCAACAACAUCGUCAUCUGCGACCUUAUCGAAGCCCGCCAUAAGGGCAUUAUCUCGAUCCUGGACGAUGAGUGCCUUCGGCCGGGCGACGCGACCGACGCCAGCUUCCUGGAGAAGCUGACGCAGCACCUGGACGGGCACGCGCACUUCAAGUCGCACCGAAAACUCGACUCGAAGACGCAAAAGCUAAUGGGGAGGGAUGAGUUCUGCCUGGUGCACUACGCGGGUGAGGUGACCUACAACGUGAACACUUUCCUGGAGAAGAACAACGACCUCCUGUUCCGGGAUAUCCAGGCGCUGAUGGCGGGCAGUGGGAACAAAAUCGUCGGCCUCUGCUUCAAGGAUACUAACCUGUCGAGCAAGAAGCGGCCGGAGACUGCGGUGACGCAGUUCAAAAACUCCCUCAACGACCUCAUCAAGAUCCUGAGCAGCAAGGAGCCCUCCUACAUUCGCUGCAUCAAGCCAAACGACUACAAAAUGCCCAUGCAAUUCGACGAGAAGCUGGUCUCGCACCAGGUCAAGUACCUCGGCCUGAUGGAGAACCUGCGAGUGCGCCGCGCCGGGUUCGCGUACCGGCGCACCUACGAGGCCUUCCUCGAGCGGUAUAAAUGCCUGAGCGCGGAGACUUGGCCUCGCUGGGGCGGGGACCCCCGCGAAGGUGUGCAACGCCUAGUCGCAGCGCUACAGUACGAGAGGGAGGACUACAGGAUGGGCAACACGAAGAUCUUCAUACGCUUCCCGAAGACGCUGUUCGACACGGAGGACGCGUUCCAGAUAAAGAAGAACGACAUAGCGACCAUCAUACAGAGCAGGUGGAGGGGCUACUGGCAGAGGAAGCAGUACCUCAAGAUGAGGCAGUCCGCGAUCAUCAUACAGAAGUGGGUGCGGCGGUUCCUGGCGCAGAGGCUCAAGGAGAGGAGGCGCAAGGCCGCCCACGUCAUCAGAGCCUUUAUCAAAGGGUUCAUAACGCGCAACGGGCCCGAGACCGUCGAGAACCGGCGCUUCCUCGGCGUGGCGAAGGUGUCGUGGCUGCGGCGGCUCGCCGGCCAGCUGCCCGCUUCACUGCUGGACGCGCGCUGGCCCGCGUGCCCGGCCACGUGCGCGCUCGCCUCGGCCGAGCUGCGCCGCCUGCACCGCGGCCAGCUGGCGCGCCGCUACCGGAUCGCGCUCUCGCCCGGCGACAAGCGCCAGUUCGAGCUCAAGACCCUCGCCGAGGCCAUAUUCAAAGGCAAGAAGAACAGCUACCCGAGCAGCGUGGGCGAGCGCUUCGUGUGGGACCGGCUGCCGGCCGAGCAGCACGCCGCUCGCGACAGCUUCGUCGCCUCGCCCGCCUGGCCCCAAGACGAGGAGCUCAUCUACUCGUGCGAGGCGGUGAAGUACGACCGGCGCGGGUACAAGGCGCGCGCCCGCACCGUGCUGCUCUCGCGGCGCGCGCUCUACGUGGCGGAGGCGGCCGGCCGCCGCGGCCUGCGCCUCAAGCACCGGCUGCCGCUCGAGCGGCUGCGGCUCGUCAUCACCACGGAGUCCGACCAGCUGGCCCUCGUCAAGGUGCCGCAGGACCUCAAGAAGGACAAGGGCGACCUGAUUAUCUCCGUGUCGCACCUGAUCGAGGCGCUGACCAUCCUCGCCGACUGCACCAAGAAGCCGGAGGUCAUUGAGAUCGUCGACACCAGGACAAUCGCGCACGACCUUGUGAACGGAAAGCAGGGGGGCACCAUCGAGGUGACCAACGGGCCGCAGCCCGCCAUACAGCGCGCGAAGAGCGGCAACCUGCUCGUGGUUGCAACUCCU